AUGGAUUACUGGAUUCUGUUAAUUAUAUUCUUCUUAAUUGUUGAUAAGACAUGGCAUUUAACCGGCACAUUAGCAGCCAAACUAAACUCUUCAGAUAAGUUACAGCAAUUGCUCAAUGAAAAAAAGCAGUUGCAGCAUCAACAGCAACAGAUUAGUGCUCAGGAUCAGUAUGCUCUAUGGACUAAGAACAAUCGUAAAUUGGAUAAGUUAGACAAAAAUAUAGAAGAAGCUAAGAAAAGUUACGUGAGCGGCCUUGAAGCGACGAAUGCUCGUCUAGCCAAACUAAAAAUACUAUUAGUCACAGUGCCAUUCACGGCUUUGAAAUUCUAUAAGGGAAAGUUACAUGUUUAUUCUGUACCAAAGGGCAUGUUUCCGAGUGUUAUAGAAGGGAUUUUAGAACAUGGCUGGAUUUACAUGGCUCUUGCCCCUAUGAAAUUUAGGCAAGUAAGCGAGGGCGCUGUUGUUACAGUUACACUUGGAAUCUGGUUAUUUGCCCUUUUAAAGGUGAUCAGUGCAUGUGAGUUUAUUGUGGAGGUUUUACGCGAGCCCACCGUAUAUGUUGGUAACUCUGAUAAAAAGUCGGUUGAUGUUGAUGAAAAAGGAGUAAUUUCGCAACCGGUCGAUUAA